AGUCGAAACUGACUCCCAGCGAGUACGCGUCCCUUCGCGGCUUCGUUGCGCGUCGUGCGUCUUCGGCCUGCGGUCUCGGCUCGCCCGUAUAUUUUUCCGAGUCUCCGAGUCCCCACCCGGCGUCUUGCGCCCAACAAGUGGUGUACACGGCAGACGGCUCGCGUCUCGCACCCAUUCUUUACACAACUUUACCGAGUGAUGCACACUUUGGCGCGAGUUUGAAGUUUGAAAUACGAUCGCGUGUACGUAAAAACUUUUCGUCGGAGUGUUUUAGUGGCGUGAUACUGAACUUUAGUGGCGUGUGGAGAGGUAUUCGAGGGUGAACUGGAGUCGAUGCACCUUCCGCACGCAAGCCCUCCGACACCAACGAUGGCGGAUGUUUACUCCCACAUCCACGAGUACUACCGCCAGACCCACGGUGACUUAGUGCAGACUGGUUCACCAGCUGUAUUAUGCUCAGCUCUGCCCGGCCACUGGAGGUCGAACAAGUCUCUGCCUGUGGCUUUCAAGGUUGUUGCCUUAGACGACGUCCAGGAUGGCACUAUAGUUACGAUAAAGGCUGGAAAUGAUGAAAACGUUAUGGCUGAAAUGAGAAACUGCACGGCGGUUAUGAAAAACCAAGUGGCAAAAUUCAAUGAUUUGAGGUUUGUGGGACGAAGUGGACGAGGCAAGUCCUUCAGUCUCACCAUCACCAUCAGUACUUUUCCCUCACAAGUGGCAACUUACUCAAAGGCCAUCAAAGUCACCGUUGACGGGCCGAGAGAACCCAGAACCAAACAGAAUUAUGGAUAUGGACACCCGGGAGCAUUUAACCCGUUCCUGCUGAAUCCUGGCUGGUUGGACGCAGCAUAUUUAAAUUACGCUUGGGCUGAUUACUUCAGACCGCCACAGCUAAGAGAUCAAGCUCUUAUUAAAGGUGGAGCGGCGCCAAUUACUACUCCUCCAGUUGCGUUACCAGGAGCCGAACUGUUUCCGUUUCCUCCAAUGAUGGGAACUUUACCUCCAGGUGGACUGAUACCACCGCCAGGGGCAUUUUUACCACCGAACGGGAUGCUGCCAUUUUCUCCUCAUCCGGCGGACCUUGCACUGAAAAAUUUACCGCAAGAUAUAAAAAAUGGCGUCAGUCCUUAUGACGCUCUAAGGCAUUUCCAAAGCAACGUCUUAUCGAUAGACACUUCAAGCGCUCGAUUGUCUCCAACAAGCAGUAGACAGAGCGGCAGCCCACGAAGCGUUAUAAAUACCAGUCCAAGGUCGAAAGCUGAUUCUAAAUCUGAAAUUAAUUCAACACACGAAGCAACAAUAUCCGACGAAUCGGAUGAGGAACAGAUAGAAGUCGUGAAAUCAGCUUUCCAUCCCACGCGACCAGCGAACGUUGAGCUCCAGGAGAUGAAGCAAGUGCAAGCUGCAGAUUCAACCGUAUCGGAUCGACCUCGUGUACGUAAUGAACUCAAAGCACCUUUACAUCGUACUACGCGAGUUCUAUCGACUAGUCCGACGUCGACGAAAAUUUCCAACGGUGCUAUAUCAACGCAUAAAUCAGUAUGGCGACCGUAUUAACAAACAUGUUCUAGUGACUAGCCGUGAGUGGAAGUAUUGAAUUGUGAUAAAACGAGCUUGUAAAUAUUGUAGGUAUAUCAAAACGAUAUAUAUUUAUUAAUAGUUAUAGAAUAUUUAGUUCAUAAAGACUUCGUUGCUAGAAGUCACUAAUUUAAAUUGUAAUAUAAUAACGGUAUAGUUGUUACGGGCGUUGUUAAAGCUUUUUAUUAUAAAAUGGAUGCAUUUAAAAUUAUUUCGUCGUUAUUAUCGUAUGUAUGCAAAUUGUAAUUAUAGAUUUAAUUUAGACACUCAUUGUUAACCUUCGAAUUGACUGACUAUAUCUUAUUUAGAAAAAAAUUUUAAUCUUUAUUUGUAUAAAAUGUAAAUGUAUUUAUUAUUAGUGUACAUUACGUGUAUAAUAUAAAAAUGUCGCCAGAAAUGUAAAUACGU